GCAACAUACGAGCCUCCAGUCUGAGUUAUCUGUGCGUGUGUUUGCGUUCUGUUUCGGUGUAAACACGCAGCGUCAUUUUUGCCCCUUUUGAAGCUGAAUCAGAUUAGCUGCUUCUCAAACUCAGCCUGAUCCUUGACAGCUUAGCACAGUUAGCAUGGUCUGCUCUCGACACUACAGCCGAAGUGUAUGAAUGAGCCCUGUACUCCGCUCAGAUCCAAUUAGAUCGCUUCACAGAUGGGCGUGAUACCUCCAAAAAGAAGCUACGAGAGGGCUGCUGCUGCUGGCCUACCCCUGCAAGCUGCUGUUAGCCGCUAAAUGACAGAAAAUACAAGAGAAUAAACGAGCAGGUUGUGCUGGAAACAUUGACCGUUGCUUUACGAAGAUUUUCCAAACACUGAGGUUCAUUCAACUUAUUGUUUUCCAUCAGUAAAAUGGGGAAGAAGAGUCGAGUGAAGACUCAGAAGUCCGGCUCCGGGGCCACAGCUGUGGUUUCCCCCAAAGAGAUGAUGAACCUGAUUUCUGAACUGCUCCAGAAGUGCAGCAGUGCAACUCCCGCAGCUGGUAAAGAGUGGGAAGAAUACAUACAAAUCAGAGCACUGGUGGAGAAAAUACGCAAGAAGCAAAAAGGUAUUUCCAUCAUAUUUGAAGGCAGCAGAGAGGACCACUUCUCAGACCUACUGUCCUGGGCUCAGGACUGUGGAGCUUCCACCGAUGGAUUCACUGUGGCCGAUUUUGGGGCUGAAGGAUACGGACUGCAGGCCACUAAAGACAUCAAGGCAGAGGAGCUGUUUCUGUGGAUUCCCAGGAAGAUGCUGAUGACAGUGGAAUCGGCACAGAACUCUCUUCUGGGUCCUCUGUACAGUCAGGACAGAAUCAUGCAGGCCAUGGGGAACGUGACCCUGGCCCUUCACCUGCUGUGUGAGCGCUGCACCCCGGGCUCCCAUUGGCUCCCGUACAUCCGCUCCUUGCCCCUGGAGUACGACACCCCCCUCUACUUCAACCAGGACGAGGUGCAGCUGCUCAUGGGCACGCAGGCGAUCCCAGACAUCCUGAGCCAGUACAAGAACACAGCACGGCAAUACGCGUACUUCUACAAACUCAUACAGACUCAUCCGGCCGCCAGCAAACUACCCCUGAAGGACAGCUUCACAUUUGAUGACUACAGAUGGGCGGUGUCUUCAGUGAUGACUCGUCAGAACCAGAUUCCCACUGAGGACGGCAGCAGAGUCACUCUGGCUCUUAUCCCACUGUGGGACAUGUGCAACCACACCAACGGACUGAUCACCACAGGCUACAAUCUGGAGGACGAUCGCUGUGAGUGUGUGGCUCUGCGUGACUACAAAGAGAAUGAACAGAUCUACAUCUUUUACGGCACCAGGUCCAAUGCCGAGUUCGUCAUCCACAACGGCUUCUUCUUCCAGGACAACGCCCACGACCGAGUGAAGAUCAAACUUGGCGUCAGUAAAAGCGAGCGGCUCUACGCCAUGAAGGCCGAGGUGCUGGCCCGCGCAGGCAUCCCCGCGUCCUGUGUCUUUGCUCUUCAUUGUAAUGAGCCUCCGAUCUCUGCUCAGCUCCUCGCCUUCCUCAGAGUCUUCUGCAUGACGGAGGAGGAGCUGAAGGACUACCUGUUGGGAGAAGGAGCCAUCAAUAAGAUCUUCACUCUGGGGAACAGUGAGUUUCCCGUGAGCUGGGACAACGAGAUCAAACUCUGGACUUUCCUCGAGACCAGAGCUGCGCUGCUGCUCAAGACCUACAAGACCACCAUCGAGGAGGACCGCUCUUUGCUGGAGAAACCCGACCUGACCCUUCACUCCCGCGUGGCCAUCCAGCUGCGUCUGGCCGAGAAGCAGAUCCUGGAGAAGGUUUCAGCGAGCGGACGAGACAAACGCAUGCAGUACGAGAAGAAACAGGCAGAAGGCGCUCCGCUGCCCCGCUACGAGGAGAGCGACAUAGCUUUACUGGAGAACUCUGACGCCGAGGGGAAACUACCCAUCAUUUUACGCAAGCUGGAGGAAGUCGAGGAGGAGGACAAUCAAAUAAUGAACGGAGAUAAGAGCGGAGAGGCGGUGGAAGUUAGCAAAGAUGUGAAUUCAAAUCUGGACUCGGAGGAGAAGUCUAUUGAAUCUUUAAAGGGCCAGAAAGAGGAGGCUAACCUAAGUGCCAGUCGGACUGAAGAGUGAAGAGAUACUCAGCAUUUUUGCCCACUCCCGAUUUAUUUAUUUAUUUUUGUGUCAACUAAAAAUGACUCAGAAAUACUAGAAAUUUUAAUUAAGAAUUCGCCGAACAUAGACUGACUAAGUUGAUUCAGCGUGGCUUUACUUAGUUUUCAGCUUGUUCAAAUGUUGCCGUCUGUUCUUCGACGCAGAGCAUUUAUCGGUUAUAAAGAAUUGUAAUUAAAUGCUAAAUAAAUAAAAUCUUUUGUUGAGAUCUACGGCGUAAGAAAUAAAGAGGGACUGGCUAGAGUUAAAGGCGCAUUUAGUAACUUUUUUAGUGGAGGGUCCAUCAGAUGCUUUUCUCCAUGGAGAUGUUAUUGCUUUGUCUGGAAUAUUUCACAGUAUGGCAUUACAUUUUUCUGUCUUCAUGGAGAUUUCACCAAACCAGACCAAGUUACAGGUCAGAUCUGUGGAGAGGCGACCCCGCUCACAGUCAGAAUGCCUGUAUUUGUAAGUACUUUUGAGCUAUAAAACCACAUGUAAUUGAAUAAAUGUAAAGUAGAUGUGUUUAAUGUCAUACUGUGGAACUUUCCAGGCGGAGCAAAGACAUAUCCAUAGAAACGAGAAGGCGACGGAACCCAAACCAAAAAGCUACAUAGUGCAUCUUUUAAAUAGGCUGCGUUCACGAGACAUCACGUUAUUUUCAGAAGUUCAUAGUUUCAAAUUGAGGUGGAAGUUAGUGAUUCCUACGGUAGAAUUUGCUGUUAAAGAUUUCAAAUACAGAUGUUUUGACCUGGUUUAUGGUUCAUAUCUCUGUAAUAGAUGCCUCAAGAAUUUCGGACUUCCAGUCAUCGAGCAAUGCAUACUGGGAAGGAUUUUCCGAAAAAGUGAGCAUCAAAACGCCGUGUUUGUUUUCCCAGUGGGAUGCGUCUAUUGACAAAGCCAAUCUUUUCUAAUAUUUUGAAUCAUAUCGCUUUUGUUUCUGGUUCUGAUGUCGUCAUAUUUUAGUUUUGGGAUUUGGACAUCAUAAUUGUGUGGUUGUGUUUGUUUGCGAACUCCAUAACUGCAAAAGGGAAUCAGAUCUGUGUGACUGCAAACCUCCGUUCAAACUGUUUCCCUUCCCAGCCGAAUUGAAAAUUAGUGAAAGGUGAAGGCGAUGGGCAGGAUUGAUCCACAGGAAGGACCAAAAAGGAAACCUUUGACUGCCUAAAUCAUCCCGAGUUUGCAGUGAACAUUUUGUAUUUAGAGCGUCUUCAAAGAAAAGCCCUGAUCCCUCGCUCAACCUUGAUGACGAAUUUAAAAAGUCAGUGCCAAAGCGAAAGGCACCAAGAAACACCUUCCACUGCAAAGCGACCAAGACGUGAUGUUGCUGUAAAACCACAAGAACAAGAAAGUGCGAGCUCAGUCUGUUUGUCUUCUGUACUUCUCGCUUAACAAACGGGAUCCAGCUUUAAUGGCUCCACAUACAAAAUGCUCACUGCAAACUCAGGAUGAUUUCGUCCUUCCUGUGUAUCAAUCCUGCCCGUCGCCUUUGCCUUUCACUAUUUUUCAAUUCCGAUGGGAAGGGAAACAGUUUGAAAAGCGGUUUGCAGUCACACAGAUCUAAUUGCAUUUUGCAUUUAUGGAGUUCGCAAACAAAUUUCUUGAGCCGUUUUCCGCUGUUAGGAUCCAACAACCACACAAUUAUGAUGUCCAAAUCCCAAAACUAAAAUAUGACAAUAUCAGAACCAGAAACAAAAGUGAUAGGGUUCAAAACACUAGAAAAGAUCGGCUUUGUCAAUAGACGCAUCCCACUGGGAAAACAAACAUGGUAGUUUCAUGCUCACUUUUUUGGAAAAUCCAAAGUAUGUAUUGUGCAAUGACCGGAAGUUCGAAAUUCUUGAUGCAUGUAUUACUGGGCCUAUGCACUUGAAACUAAAACUGGUGCAAAGUUUCAACAUCUCCCCUGUUAUAAAAAUAAAGAAAUCAGUUAUGGGUUAUUAAUAUUUGAUUAUAUACAGACAACAAUUUCAUUACGUGGAUAUAUUUAUUUUUUUGGUGGAGAUGUUAUUGCGUUGCCUUCAUGUUCCGCAGUACGGCAUUAACCGUCAACUUCCAAGUAAGACACACACCAAGCCAAGUUACAGGUCAGAUCUGUUCUUUUAGCAAUAAUAAUGUGUAACUGAAUAAAUGCAAGAUGGACAACGCCGUACUGGCUGAUCUCCACCAGAAAAGUUACGCAGUGCACCUUUAAGCCACAUGAUAAUACAGUGAGUUUUAGGAUCUAGUUUCUAACAAAAACAAGGUCGAACUUUUGUGGAUUUUCUGUUUUGAUAUUUCUUUGUAAAACAUUGAAUUGAUGUCCGAAUAGCCCUUAGAGUGAAAUUGGACGCUUCCCUUCUUCUGAGACUGUAAACUCAGCCUAAAAAAGGCAAAAAUGGACUAAUCCAAAAACAUGAAUUUUGUCUUCUUUUGUACAUGAACUCCUUCUGUUCUUUUUAAAGACGAUGCAGUAGUUAGAUUUACCUUGUUGACGUGUUUCAGUGACAGUUCGCCUUGUGUAUUGUCUUUACAAAGAACCCAAGAAGUUCAAAAUAAUGACUUUUAUUUUCCACAAAGCCAAACUUGUGGAUGUUGUGAAUGGUUGGUUUAUUACAGCAGUUUGUCUCCAUCUGUGUCCGGCUGGUUUUGAGUUGACAAUCAUCUUCUUUGCUGCUAGUAGUAGACCACCACUGACCGCUUUUCAGUUCCUCAAAAUCAUUUCAGAAUAUAAAACAAAAAACGACAUUUAAAGAGCCCUUAUUACGCUAUUUUCUGAUCUGUGUUAUAAUGUUGUUUCCUCAUCAAAAACAGAUCUGGAGUUGUGUUUUGUUACAUUCACACACGUUUAACACAAAAAAAUCCUGAAUAUUUUGGCUGUGUUCUUCUCUCAAAUGGAAAACGCGCUGUUCCACCUUGUGAUGUCAUGUCGUAAUACAAGAAGUGGGUUUUAAAACUCCAUGCACCUUCACGAGAAUCAUUUGGAUAAUUUCAGUGCUGUAAUCGCCAAUCUUUAAUGAAAUAAAAGUAAAAUGUAGCUGUUAACUUGAAAACUACCACUUCAUGACAUCACAAGGUGGAACAGACCAUUUUGAGCUUUGGAAAUGUAGACAGAAAUAAUAAAGGGUUACUUAAACAUGUGAAUAAAACAAAACGCAACAUUAUAACAUGGCUUAGAGCUUACAAGAGUCAAUUUUGCGUAAUAUACAUUUUACAUUUUUUUUUUUUUUUUACAUUUAUCAUUCAUUCUGUUAUGAAGAAGUCUAUUGAAAUGAAUUUGAAUGUACUUAUAGUGAAAUCUUUGGAUGACACUUAAAGGGGUUGAGGCCCUAUGAUAAAAGCCAUACACGUUAUUUGAGUACCAGAGAUAUGGAAGUUAAUAUGGAAGUUAUAUAUUAUUUUGUCAUAAAUGGAGCCAGUUUAAAAGUUUGUGUGAGAAAUGAGAAAAGCACUGUCUUGUUCAUUUUGUUUUUUGUCGAUUUUUGGAGUUGUUUUGACCCCAAUUACUGACCCUCUGCACUGAUGAAAAAAAGUACCGUAUGUUAAAACAGUUUUCAACUUAAAAAUAAAGCAAAAAAGUAUUCUCUCUAAUACUUAUUCAGAUUUUUUGGAAGUUACUUGACGAUUUGAUACCUCACACUGAAUUGUGGUAAAUACUGCAAUUAAUAUGAAUUUUGAGAUGAAUAAAUGUAUAACCUCUAACCAGAAGAUGGCCAGUUCAAACCUGUUCAGACUGGAUAGUUGCUGUAGUACUAAAAUUUCAAGAAAAAGGCCAAGAAAAAGGCUCGGUACUCAAUAAAAGUUUGGUACCACAAUAAAAAAAACACAACUUCUUUAGACAAUAGAAUGUAUUUUCAAUCCAAAAAAUAAAAAAUUUUUACUUUCUUUAUAAUUACAGCUGUGGUCUUUUAUAAGUUCUAAAGAAAAUGAGUCUAGACCUUCUAAAGCUUCUAAAACUUAUUUGCUCAAAUUCCUGGUUUUGAGACAAGUUUUAGUAUCGAUUCUGAGUAUCAGUGUUUCUUAAAACCCCAGUUCUGACACUUCACCCCCUUUGCUCAUUUUGGCUGGUUGUGGUAGGAUUGGCAUCUGAUAUAAAACGUGCUAAAUCACUUCUUGAAUUUGGAAUUGAGAAUUCAAAUAGACACUUCUUAUUGAUAAUCUCACCAUAAUUUUAUCUCAAAUUGAUGGAACAGCUUAUUUUUUGCUGGAGAUUCUAGUUAAUGCAAUUUCUUUAGACGAUACAAGCCAUUUUCAACCCAAAAAAUAACAGUACUUUCUUUAUAAUUACCUUGUUCAAAAGAUUACUCUAGACCUUCCCAAACUGGCAUGUUCAAAUUUGUCUAUGUAGCCUAUCGGUACUUACUCAAAUUACUAGACCAGUUUUAAUAUCAAUUCUGGAUAUUGUUCUUUCCUAAAACAACAGACAAUAGAAUGUAUUUUCAAACCAAAAAAUAAUGGUGUUUCCUUUAUAAUUACCUUUGUGGUCUUUUACAAGUUCUAAUUAAAAUGACUCUAGACCUUCUAAAGCUUCUGAAACUUACUUACUCAAAUUCUAGUUUUGAGACUAGUUUAAGUAUCGAUUCUGAGUAUCAGUGUUUCUUAAAACCUUAGUUCAGACACUUCACCCACUUUGCUCAUUUUGACUGGUUUUGGAAGGGCAUUUGGAUGUUAAAAUAUACCAAAUCAUUAUGUAAUUCUUUCUCCAACUCGUUUUGAAUUUGGAAUUGAGAAUUGAAAUUACUCUGUCCUUAUAAUCUCACCAUAAUUUGAUCUCAGUAAGUCUGUUUUCCCCUCUCAAAUUGAUGGAACAGCUCAUUUUUUGUUAGAAAUUCUAGUUAAUAAUGCAGUUUCUUUAGAUAAUAGAAUCGAUUUUCAACCCAAAAAAUAACAGUACUUAAUUAUAUUAAAAUUAUAGUAUAAUUACCGUAUCUUUGUGGUCUUUUACUUGUUCAGAAGAUCAUUCUAGUCUAGACUUUCCCAAACUGGCAUGUUCAAAUUAUCUAGUUUUGUGACUAGUUUUAAUAUCAAUUCUGGAUAUUGUUCAUUUCUAAAACCCUAGUUCAGACACUUGACCCAUUUUGAUCAUUUUGGCUGGUUGUGGAAGAACAUCUGAUGUAAAAAAAAUAUACCAAAUCAUUAUGUAACUGGUUCAACAACUGGUUUUGAAUUUGGGAUUGAGAACUGAAAUUCUUGAAUCUUACCAUGAUUUGAUCUCAGUUUUACUCUCUCAAGUUGAUGGAACAGGUCUUUUUUGCUGGAGAUUCUAGUUAAUAAUGACGUACAUGUUGUUUUGACAAUGGUUAAAGUAAAUGUAUUCUGAUCACUGAUUAAAUUUGAGUUUGUUUACAACUAACGUGCCAUUUCUUUUACUUUUGUGAUCACUUUUUUCAUCACAGAUCUGUAUUUUUAUGCAACAGGACUUCUACCGAUCUACUGCUUUUGUCAUUCUGUAUCCUAAUAUACAGUAGGUUUACAGUUGAUACUUUGCAGUGACAUCGCGCUGGGGGUGUUCUACAUGUACUGGCUCUGUGGUGGAAUGUUCAGCAGUUACCAUGGUGAUACAGUGCACACAUUAGCGCAAACAGAGCCAAAAAGUUUUAACAAAGACGCAAAAGUGGCAUCGCGUCUUCACUUUUUAUUCCGCAUUUAGACGAGCGUUUUCGGGAGGAAAUCUGCGUGUAUAUGGUGACGCAAAAGUGUGUGGAGUUGGAUGGGGUAUGCAUGCCGGGCGACUAGGUGGUGAUGUAUGUGACCUAAACGUGUAUGCAACGUGAGCAGAUCUGACCAGAGUUUUUAAGCCCCAAAAACGCCGUCACCAUCUAAACGAAAGGCACUUCCGAUAAAAUAUUUUUGUCGUUUUUACCCGCAAAUGUUCUCGUAAACAGGCCCUAAGUCUACCAAGCCUCAUACAGAGCAGUGCCUACUGUUAGCAUCACACCCAGAUAGUGUUGAUGAUGUCGCCUGCGAAGUAUCAAUAACCUAAAGUCAACCAAUUGCAGUAGGAGUAUGAAAUUAACUACUGGAAUCUUCCGUGCAAAGUCAAUACAUGUACUGAAGCUGAGAUUAAAAGUCCCGUCUCAUUUCUA